GUUUUAUAUGUUUUGAAGAGUACGACUUCCAGAGUGCGUCCGCACCCCCCCCCCCUCCUCCCUCCCUUCCUCCUCGGUAUCCACACACGGAAAAAGGCAAAGGAGUGAAGUCGCGAUGCGGGAACACAUCGACACCCUUCUCUCCCUGCGGGUCCGCGACGUCGUGCAGCAAGUCGUCACCGUGGGCCUCUUCUUGAGCAUCGUCCUCGUGAGCUGGCGCGCCGUCGCCAUCGGCACGAACUGCGAAGCCAGCAUCGUGGUAGUGCUGAGUGGGAGCAUGGAGCCCGGUUACUACCGCGGCGACGUCCUGCUGCUGCAUCACCGGCCCGAGUUCCCCGUGGCGGUGGGGGACAUCAUCGUGUACACUCUACCGGAGCAGGACAUCCCGAUUGUGCACCGCGUCCACCGCAUUCAUCAGCGCACCGAGGACGGAAAGAAGUUUUACCUGACGAAGGGCGACAACAACGUCAACGAUGACCGCUUCCUGUUUCGCAAUGGGCGAGAGUGGGUGGAGGAGGACAUGAUCAUGGGCAAAACCUACGCCUAUGUGCCGCGCAUCGGCUACUUGACGAUUAUGUUCAACGAGUCGAAGAUCAUCAAGUACGUCGCCUUAGGGCUCAUCGCCUUUUUUCUGCUGACGACGACGGAUGACAUCUGA